GACACGGCCAAGAUGGCGGCGGCGGUGGCGGCGGCGGCAGCGGGGGCGCUGCGGCGCCUGGCCCCGGGCGGGCGGCAGGGCCCUGCGGCCGGGCGGCUGCUCCAGCUGCGCAGGGGGAUCCGGCUCUCCGCCCCUGCCGCCAUGCAGGUGACGGUGCGAGAUGCGCUGAACCAGGCGCUGGACGAGGAGCUGGAGCGGGACGAGCGGGUGUUCCUGCUCGGCGAGGAGGUGGCUCAGUACGACGGCGCCUACAAGAUCUCCCGAGGUCUCUGGAAGAAGUACGGAGACAAGAGGGUAAUCGACACCCCGAUAUCAGAGAUGGGCUUCACAGGAAUUGCCGUUGGUGCUGCUAUGGCUGGGUUGAGGCCAGUGUGUGAAUUCAUGACGUUCAACUUUUCCAUGCAAGCAAUUGAUCAGGUCAUAAACUCUGCUGCCAAGACCUGUUACAUGUCUGCAGGAUCAAUCGCUGUUCCCAUCGUCUUCAGGGGCCCCAACGGGGCAUCAGCUGGAGUCGCUGCUCAGCAUUCACAGUGCUUUGCUGCUUGGUAUGGGCAUUGUCCGGGACUGAAAGUUGUUAGUCCAUGGAGCUCAGAAGAUGCAAAAGGCCUGCUUAAAGCAUCAAUCCGGGAUGAUAAUCCAGUUGUGAUGCUGGAGAAUGAACUGCUGUAUGGUGUUCCGUUUGAAAUGUCAGAAGAGGCACAGUCAAAGGAUUUUGUUGUUCCAAUUGGAAAAGCCAAAAUAGAAAGGCCAGGAACUCACGUUACGUUAGUGUCACACUCGAGACCUGUUGGACACUGUUUGGAGGCUGCAGCUGUACUUGCCAAAGAAGGUGUAGAGUGUGAGGUUAUAAAUCUGCGUACCAUUCGACCAAUGGAUGUUGAAGCAAUAGAAGCCAGCGUUGUAAAGACAAACCAUCUUGUAACUGUAGAAGGAGGUUGGCCACAGUUUGGAGUAGGAGCUGAAAUCUGUGCCAGGAUCAUGGAAGGACCUGCCUUUAACUACUUGGAUGCUCCAGCUGUCCGUGUUACAGGUGCAGAUGUUCCUAUGCCUUAUGCAAAAAUUUUAGAAGAUAACUGCAUACCUCAAGUGAAGGAUAUAAUAUUUGCAGUGAAGAAGACUUUAAAUAUCUAAAUUGUAAAUACGUAUUUUAAAAUCCUGCUUUAAAAAUCAUUAAUGUUGUAUGGCAAGCUAAAUGCAUAACGAUGUUGCAUAGCUACAUGAACUUUUGUACAGUGGGGAAAAUAUUAUGACCUCCUAGAAUAUUUAUAUGGCUGUGUGUGUGCUUAGAGGUUAUCCUCUAAGCCACACUUCAAAGUGAUGAUGAUGUAAUGCUUAUUUGUAAGGCAGCUUGUACUUCAGUAGUACAAGUGGAUUGGUGUUACAGUGUAUGGAGAAAUCCUCUUCUAAAUUCAGAGUGAGAAAUAAAUCCUCUGUUUUUGCUUGUCUUGUAAUUAGUCGGUUUAAUACCUCUAGUCUGAUAUGGUGGUUGGUGGUCAGAUGAAAAACUGCACUGAGCAGUGGGGGGCCCAGAGCUGGUGUUAGCAAGGCUUAUUAAAAAUGAAUGUUUAAAGUAGAGUGAGUUAAGCCUUGUUUUUCAACAUGACAACUUAAGUGCAACUAUCUGUACAAAGUGGUUUUAGAAGUCUGUGGUAUAUGUUAAGAGGUAGCUAAUAUGUUUAGUUUGAAAAGAACUAUUUCAUGCAGUAAAGCUUCUGCACAAUGGCUUAAAUAAAGAUCCUGAUCAUCUUCAGUAUGUAAUGGAAAAUAAUACCUAGUUUUUCUUUACUAGUUACCACCUAAAGUAGUAAAAAUAAUGAAUAAAUCUUGGCAACUCAGAAUACUUAUUAAACUUGCUACAGGGGAUAACAGCACUCUCAAUUAUAGUUCUGACAAGAAGAAGCAGGUCUUUUUAUUCAGACCCAGUAUACCUGGGUCUGAAGUGUAGUACAUCCCCCUUGGCUACAGUUUGUAGCAGAUAUAAAUUCUCAGACAAGAGGUGGGAAACAGCUGCAGUAGCCUUCAGGUAGAUCAGCUCACACCUGUGUUUAGCUAAAGGGACAGUCUUGGAAAGUAGAGAACUCCAUUAGGUCUUUGUGAAAUAGCUUCUGUGACUGUCCUGAUGCAGAGUAAAAGCCACUUACAGCAGUUGUGCAGUGUGGCUUACUCUAUACCAGGGAUAAACUAUCUAUCUUUUACAGUUAACUGUUGGGGAGGAGAUACUUACCUCUGUAAGGAGAUCGAAGAGCUCAGGUCCUAUUUCAAUUACAGGCCAGGAACCUGUCAGAACUAAACUUUCAUUGUAUUCAUAUAUUUCCUUAGGAAGUCUGGCUUGCAGGUGAAAUACUAGCUGAAUGCACCCACCACCACACUGCUGGAGGAAUUCCAUUAACAUUUUAAUAAAAAUGACCGAGUAUCACAGGUUACAUGAAAUUUUGUACAGACAUUCUCUGCAUAGUAACAAACACUGAUGUAUUUGAAUUUAAAAAUGGAUUAUCUAUAAUCCUUUAAAGUGCAAUUUAUUUAAGGUUUUAAGCAAAUCAAAAAGGAUCUUUCAAUAAAGUUUAAACUGUAAAAUUAA